AUGGCUCGAACCAAAGUAACUGCAAAACGCAAAAAAUCAUACCAAGAACCAGAAGAGAACCAAGAUGUCUACUCAAGCACUGAAUCAGAUUAUCAUGAGGAAACUCAAUCUGAAGCAACUUCCAUGAACACCAUCUCUUCAUCUCAACCAUCCAAAAGCUCUUCUCCUUCCAUUACUCCAAAAAUCUCCAAAAACUCAUCCUCCUCAGCCCCCUCCAGGCGCUCUUCCAGAAUCAUGUUUGGAGCUAUUUCAUCCAACAAGGCACCUCCUCAGGACAAUACGAUCCAUGUCAUCAAUUCUGAUGAUUCAGAGACCACUCUCCCAGCUGAACUAGCACAACAGCCUCCUCCUGCAAAAUCAAACUCCAAAACUCCAACUCCUAAAAAGGAAACUCAAUCUGAAGCAACUUCCAUGAACACCAUCUCUUCAUCUCAACCAUCCAAAAGCUCUUCUCCUUCCAUUACUCCAAAAAUCUCCAAAAACUCAUCCUCCUCAGCCCCCUCCAGGCGCUCUUCCAGAAUCAUGUUUGGAGCUAUUUCAUCCAACAAGGCACCUCCUCAGGACAAUACGAUCCAUGUCAUCAAUUCUGAUGAUUCAGAGACCACUCUCCCAGCUGAACUAGCACAACAGCCUCCUCCUGCAAAAUCAAACUCCAAAACUCCAACUCCUAAAAAGGCCAAACCUUCUUCACCAAAACCCCCUUCAUCAUCCACAAAAAAUUCUGAAAUCACUUCACUGUUUGAUUCGGCCGAAUUGACCUUGCUGAUAUCAAACAAGGAGGGUUCAAUGUUGAAGAAAUGUUUGAACAGCUCGGCUGUACCUCUUUUUUUAAAAUCAAUGAACCACAGUACCCUCGUCUAG